GGUGUGUAUUUUUUGCCUGCUAGUUUUGAGAGGCCGCUUGGAGGCGUUUUCUCCUGAGGUGGACUAGAGAGAGAGAGAGAGAAAGAAAGAGGGAGGGAAAAGAAAGAGGGGGGAAAGCCCUUUGGCUGCUGCUGCUGCUGCUGCUUCCCUCCUGGAGGCAUCUUUUCUCCUCAGCGCCUGCUUUCGGAGUUCAACUAUUGCUGAACUGCUGUGAUUGGCAGAGGAACUGUCCAGGAAAUGGCUCCGGUUUCAACUUGGGGGGAGUGACCAGGGAAAAAGGAGGAGAGAGAAAGAAAGGGAGAGAGAGAGAGAGAGAGAGAAGGAGGGAGAGAAAGACUUUUGUGGGGAGGGUCUGGAGAGUUGAUAAAAAGCUUUUCGCCUUUCCUGGCCCCAGGGCUGCUCCUCCUGACCCUCCUCUCUCUUGGAGGAAAGUGAGCCCCUUCUGUCUGGGAAAUUGGGACUUUGGAGACUUUUCUCUCCUCAAGACCUGGCUUCUGGGGAGUGAAGAGGAAGGGAAGGAAAACCCCAAAAGAGUCCAAAAGUUGGUGACAAGACUUGGGCUCUUUCUUCGUCUUCUUCAUUCUUUGGCCCCUUUUGGAAGAGAGGAGGAGGAGGACUUUGGGGAGCUCAGCCCCUUUUUCCCUUUCAGGAAAGAAAGCAACGUCGAGCAAAGGCGAGGAAAGUGGGGACGAGGGAGAGGAGGCGAGGAGCUCCAAGGCCAGGAUGAUGGGGCUGCCCGGCUUCUGCCCUCGCCCUCCCUCUCGGUCGGGGCUGCAAGGGCUUUGGAGGAUGCCAUAGCGCAGGAGGCUCUUGGGGCGAAAAGAAGGGGUGGCCUUUCUUUGUUUGUUUGUGGGGGACCCUUUUGUGAGGAAGGAGCCUUGUCUUUCUGGCUUGGCUCCAUCCCUUCGUCCACUGAGGAGGAGAAGAAGAAGAAGAAGAAGGAGAAGGAGUCCCAGACUCAGCGCCUUUGCUGACCAGGAGAAUUUGCUACAACUGGGAGUAAGACAAUACCUCUCAAGGCUGAAGGUGCUACUUUCAGUCCAUGCUUGUGUAGCAGUGUUCAGAUGGGAUUAAAGUCCACAUGGAGGAAUGGAAGAGGACCAGGCACUGGCACUGAGAAGAUGGUCAGUUGGGAUUCAUGUUGCCUUAUCUGCCUGGUGGUGAUCACCAUGGCUGGAUUUUCAUUGGCUCGGCCUUCAUACAAUUUAGUUGGUGAAGACACCACUUUGGAACCUGAAGAGCCACCAACCAAAUAUCAAAUCUCUCAGCCUGAGGCACACACUGCACUUCCAGGAGAAACUCUGAAGUUGCACUGUCAACUAAAAGAUGCCACCAUGGUUACUUGGACUAAAGAUGGAGUCCAUUUGGUGCCUAACAAUAGAACAGUCGUUACUGGGGAAUACUUGUGGAUUAAAGACACUACUCCCAGAGAUUCAGGCCUUUAUGCUUGCACUGUAGACAGUGAUACACUCUACUUCAUUACCAAUAUUACAGAUGUUCUUUCAUCUGGAGAUGAUGAAGACGACAAUGAUGGCUCUGAGGAUUUUGUGAAUGACAACAACUCAGUCAAAGGACCUAAAUGGACCCAAACUGAAAAAAUGGAGAAGCGUUUACAUGCAGUCCCAGCAGCUAACACUGUAAAGUUCCGUUGUCCAGCUACAGGAAACCCUGAGCCAACCAUGAGGUGGUUAAAAAAUGGGAAGGAAUUUAAGCAAGAGCAUCGCAUUGGUGGAUACAGGAUGCGCCUUCAGCACUGGAGUCUUAUAAUGGAGAGUGUAGUCCCAUCUGACAAAGGAAAUUAUACUUGUAUUGUGGAGAACAUACAUGGAUCCAUCAAUCACACAUAUCAUCUUGAUGUUGUUGAACGAUCUCCACACCGCCCUAUCCUACAAGCUGGCCUACCAGCAAACACCUCUACAGUUGUUGGGGGUGAAGCAAAGUUUGUCUGCAAGGUCUACAGUGAUGCUCAGCCUCACAUCCAGUGGAUAAAACACGUAGAAAAGAAUGGAAGUAAAUAUGGGCCAGAUGGAUUACCAUAUCUAGAAGUUUUAAAGACUGCCGGUGUUAAUACCACGGACAAAGAGAUUGAGGUUCUCCAUAUACAGAAUGUAACUUUUGAGGAUGCUGGGGAGUAUACAUGCUUGGCGGGUAAUUCUAUUGGGAUAUCCUUUCACUCUGCAUGGUUGACAGUUCUGCCAGCUCCCAUAGAAGACAGACCAUACCCAGCAUCCCCAGACUACCUGGAAAUAGCCAUUUACUGCAUAGGGGUCUUCUUUAUUGUCUGCAUGAUAAUAACAGUAGUCAUGUGCCGCAUGAGACCUACCACCAAGAAGUCGGACUUCAGUAGCCAGCCUGCUGUCCACAAGCUGACUAAACGCAUUCCACUGCGCAGACAGGUAACAGUGUCUGCAGACUCUAGUUCAUCCAUGAACUCCAACACACCGUUGGUGAGGAUAACCACUCGCCUCUCCUCUAAUACAGAUGCACCAAUGUUGGCAGGAGUCUCAGAGUACGAACUCCCAGAAGAUCCCAAAUGGGAGUUUCCGAGAGAUAAGCUGACUUUGGGAAAGCCUCUCGGGGAAGGAUGCUUUGGUCAAGUUGUCAUGGCAGAAGCGGUGGGAAUUGACAAAGACAGGCCUAAAGAAGCUGUUACUGUGGCGGUGAAAAUGUUGAAAGAUGAUGCUACAGAAAAAGACCUGUCUGACCUGGUGUCUGAAAUGGAGAUGAUGAAAAUGAUUGGCAAACACAAAAAUAUCAUUAAUCUCCUUGGUGCCUGUACUCAAGAUGGACCACUGUAUGUGCUUGUUGAAUAUGCUUCCAAAGGAAAUUUGCGAGAGUACCUGCGAGCAAGGCGACCACCAGGAAUGGAAUAUUCAUUUGAUAUUAACCGGGUACCUGAAGAGCAGAUGACGUUCAAAGAUUUAGUCUCAUGUACAUACCAGUUAGCAAGAGGCAUGGAAUACUUAGCAUCACAAAAAUGCAUCCAUCGAGACUUAGCAGCGAGGAAUGUUUUGGUGACUGAAAAUAAUGUCAUGAAAAUCGCUGACUUUGGGUUGGCAAGAGACAUCAACAAUAUAGAUUAUUAUAAAAAGACUACUAAUGGUCGGCUGCCUGUAAAGUGGAUGGCACCAGAAGCUCUGUUUGACAGAGUUUACACACAUCAAAGUGAUGUAUGGUCAUUUGGUGUGCUCAUGUGGGAGAUCUUCACUUUAGGAGGGUCUCCAUAUCCAGGAAUUCCAGUGGAAGAGCUUUUCAAGCUGCUUAAAGAAGGUCACAGAAUGGACAAACCUGCCAAUUGCACCAAUGAACUCUACAUGAUGAUGAGAGAUUGUUGGCAUGCAGUGCCUUCACAGAGACCUACUUUUAAGCAGCUUGUGGAAGAUUUAGAUCGGAUCCUCACUCUUACAACAAAUGAGGAGUACCUAGAUCUCAGUGGACCACUGGAACAGUAUUCACCUAGCUAUCCAGAUACAAGAAGCUCCUGUUCUUCGGGGGAUGACUCUGUUUUUUCUCCUGAUCCAAUGCCUUAUGAACCUUGCCUCCCUAAGUACCAACAUAUAAAUGGCAGUGUUAAAACAUGAAAAGAAUUCCCCAUUAUUCCACAGAGGAAUGAGGAAACAAGAAUGUCUACCUACCAUGCAAAAAAGAGACCCUUUCUUCAGAAACAUAAUAUUUUUGUUUGUACAUAUGAAAUGUAGGGACCAACAGAAAGCAACAACAGCAACAACAAAUUGGCAAGAAUAUGUUCUGUUUAUUUUGGAAAAUUGUACUUUGGAAUGCUAAACAAUAUUCAGAAGAAGAAUUUUAUGGGCCACAGAUGGACACAAGUUGCCAGCUCAGUUUUUGAGCCCAUAAAAUGCAAUACCCUUUCAACUGUCAAAGAACCAGUUGAGUUGGACUUGAGGUAAACACUGGGUCAGCCUUCCUUGUUUAUUUUGUAAUAUUUGGAGAAAAUAUAUGUUGACACACACUUACAGAGCACAAAUGCAGUAUAUAAGUGCUGGAUGUAUGUAAAUAUAAUCAAAUAUGUAUAAAUAUAUAUAUAUUAUAUAUUUACAAUGAAUUAUUUUUUGUAUUGAUUUAAAAAUGGAUGUCCCACUUCACCAAGGAAAUUAAUCUCCUUCUUUUAAAAUGGAAACAGCUACUUAUAAUUGCUGUUCAUACAUAAGACUCUUUUUUAAAAAAAUCACCAUCCAAAGGUGAUCAAUACUUUGCUUUCAGGGAAAAUGGUAUCUCAUUAAUUUAUUAAUUAAUUGGUAAUGUACAAAACAAUUAAUCUUUUAUAGGGAUGUGUUAUGUUGUAAUUUAAAUGGCAUUUCUAUGCAGGCAGCACAGAGAACAAGUAGAUAUAUUGCUCAAACUUUACUAGUUUUUUUUUUAAAGAGAAAUAUUUACGGUAUAUAACUAAUGUUGGGAAUUAAGGUUUUGAUUAAUUGGGGUCUUUAAAGUGAGAGGCUAUUGCUCUAACUAAAACCUAAACUCUCCUAAACAAUAAAGGGUGCUCUUUAACAAGGAAGCCCUUUGCUCUCUCUAUCUUCUGUUAGUCAGUGCACAUUACCGUACCUGAAGAGUUGGUGAUGGAGGUAACUAAGGACAAUUUGGGGCAAUUCUAGUCUGUUUUGACAGGCAUUUUCAGUGGGUUGAGCCCAAACUGUAAGGCAAAAUAAUGAAUUUUAGAUGUUCCUGAAAUAAAUAUUCUGAUUUUCCUGAACAACGCUAUAGUUUCAGAAUUCCCAAUUCCAGAUUUUGUACAUGCAUUGAAUCAGACACUCUUUUUACUGAGUUUCUAAUGCUGCUUUCCAUAUAUUUUGAUUGAACAAUAAAUUUUGAAGAUGUUCUCAUAUUUUUACUCCAUUAAUGAGAGAGCCAUAAUUGUCAUAGUGGCAAUUAUAGAAAUUUGUGUUGGAAUCCCAUCAUGAGUCUAAGGGGUUAUUUUAUUCUUGCUCCAUUUGAGCUUUCCAAACCAUUCCCAUAAGCCCUGGGACCAGGCCAAAUAUAUGACUGAAUUUUUAUAACUUGUCUUUCAGAACUUAAAAGCAUCAUGUGUUCACAUUCAGAGCACCUUUCACACUGGUGUAGCCAUGCAAUAUGAAUGCAAUUCAUGUGGACUUUACAUAUUUAAAAAAGAGGAGAGGAGAUAAAAAGUAUUAAUAUCUGUUAAUUUUUGUACUGACAAUAAAAAUCUUUCUACAGAUAUUAAUGUUAACAUUGCAAAAUAAAUGUCAUGGAUCUUAUUUUCUUUAA